CCGCCGGCCCGGCCCCUCUCGGGGUGACUCGCGGGCCCCCGGCCUCUGCCCUGCAGCGCUGCGGCCGAAUCUGCGAGCACGCCCGCUUCCGCAGAGUCGGGCCUGUCUCGGAACGCCUCCGGAACCCCGGGACCGUGGGCAUCGAGCCGGCCCAGGCUGUGCGCCCCGGGGCUUGGCCGCAGCUGGCUGCAGACACUGAGCCGGGGCCGGCGGCGUCGGUGUCCAGUUUCCUUUGACCUUGGGGAACCUGGGGAGGUGCGGGAUAGGAGGGCUCCGGGGGAACCCGUCCUUGGAAGUCAGCCUCCGGUCUCCGCAGAAGGGAGGGUUUUGGGAGCUGCAGUAGAUCUCGCCCACUGGAGGCCAGGCUCCCGGUCUCACCGAACGGUGACAAGCUGGGGAACGUGGAUCCAUUCUCGUUACCGCGCAGUCAAGGGCAGCGUUGCCUUUGUAUCCUUAAUACUACUCUUCCGGCAGAUGUAGCCUUCGACAGCACCUUCUAUUGCUUCGACGUGUGCAGCAUGGCUGGAACUGGAGGCCGACUGCUCGCUGGUGCUCUGAGAAAACCAGACGCCUGGAUCCGACUCUGGGGUGUGCUUCAAGGGACAUCUUCACGCAAACUCUGUGCUUCCUGUGCUUCCUGGAAUCGAUACCUGUAUUUUUCUAGUACCAAGUUAAAUGCAUCAAAUUAUAAGACACUUUUCCAUAACAUUUUCCCUUUGCGACUCCCAGGGCUUUUAGUAUCUCCAAAAUAUAUCUUUCCAUUUUCCAUACGACUCAAAAGCAAUAUUAGCUCCAAAAAAUCCACUAAAAAGACUCUGCAAAAAGAUGCAGAUGAAGAGGACUCCGAUGAGGAGAUCCAUCUCCCUGAGAGGGAAGAGCAGGAAGAGGAGCUAGAGGAUGACCCAGGUGUGGUCAAGGACUACAAAGACCUGGAGAAAGUGGUACAGUCCUUCCGGUACGAUGUUGUCCUGAAGACGGGCCUUGAUAUCGGGAGAAACAAAGUAGAAGAUGCAUUCUACAAAGGUGAACUCAGGCUGAACGGAGAAAAAUUAUGGAAGAAGAGCAGAACGGUGAAGGUGGGAGACACGCUGGAUCUGCUCAUUGGGGAGAACAAGGACACAGGCACAGAGGUCGUGAUGCGGAUUCUCCUGAAAACCGUCUAUGACGAGAAGACGGAGAGUGACAAGCACCGUGUGGUGUUGCGACGGUGGAAGAGCUUAAAGCUGCCAAAGAAAUCUAAAUAAUCGCGACUCUCCCCGAGGCUCUUCCUCGUCGUCAGGGGGAGGCCGGCGUGAAAAGGACGCUUUUUCUCAAAUAAAGUUCUGUCGUGUGUGGAGUCACUGGAGCAGUUUGUGGAAGCUGGGAUCCGAGGGUUUUUUUCUGUCCUGUGCCCCUUCAGGCCUGGCUUCUGAGAGUUCCCUUGUCCUGCACAAAGACCAGAGUCGGAGGAGCUCAGCCAGAGGAUGUAAUGGCCUGCCUGCUGUUUCCAUAUUAACUACCUCUGGUCAUCGUAAAAUAAACUGGUCUUGUUUCUUUGCA